UUCAGACAUGCACUAUAACAAAUUAGCCAAGAGGAGCGCGUUAUGGCUGAGUGAGAAAUACUAAGAGAUCUGAAAAUACAUCUCAUCACAAACCCAUCCAGGUCGUUACAGAGACGUUUACAGACACAGAGCUGAGAUGGGUGAUGUGAGCGAAGAGUCGCUGCUGGAUUAUUUCUACUCCACCGGAGGCAACUCAGGCAGAGUCAAAAAUGCAGACAUACUGAAGACAUUUAAGCCUUUUAUUGGCCAUAGUGACUUGCAGUUACGUGCUAAAUACAGAGAGGAGUUCAAGCUCAUCAUUGACCGGAUCGCUGUGGUGAAGUCAGAGAAUGGUGAGAAGUACCUCGUCCUAAAGAAGAAAUACAGGCAGUUGCUGCAGGAGCGCGACAACAAACAUCAAGGUACAGACAGGGAUGGACAGAAACAUUUGAGCCCAGCCAGGACAAUGGCCACUGCACAGUGGGAUGCAACGGACGCCUCGACGACGACGACGACGACGACUUCUCUUCCCCACCACAAGGAACAACAGGAUGAGCUGAUGUCAUGUGGGGAGCCCGAGGGUGCUGCAGAGGACCAGCAGACAGCAGCAGUCACCGUGCAGCACACUCCUCUGCAGCCUCCCAUCAUCCGAAUCCAUGUACCCUCAGUGCAAAGCAGCGCGGAGGAUGAGCUGGACAAAGAUUCAGGGUCAAAGUCCGAGUCGGAGCAGGACGAGGAGUGUACGGGCAGCAUGGGCUCUGCUGCUGUCGCCCUGGAUCCUAUAGAAAAGGAGUGGAUCUACUCUGCUGCUGGCGCUCGAGUCCCUGACCUCUCUCAGCUGCUCAGACAGGACCCCUCGUUGGCGAAUAAGAAGGACUUCACCUCGUUUACAGCUCUGCACUGGGCUGCCAAACAUGGCAACCAGGACAUGGCCACUCUGGUGAUGAAUGCUGGUGCUGACGUCAACACCAAAUCACAUGGGGGGUACACACCUUUACACAUUGCAGCGUUACACGGUCAUCAACAUAUUCUCGACCUGCUCAUAGGGACAUAUGGUGCCAAAGAAAACUUGAGGGACUACAGCGGCCAUCUUGCCUGCCAUUACCUAAACAUCAAAGAGACAGAGGGUCUAGAGGAAGAGUGCGAGCUGCAGUUUCAAGUCACUCAGGCCAGGGAGCGGAACAGGAACAGGAAGCUGGUAUCGUUGUUCCACUCCAAGAAGAAGUGGGGCUCAGCAGAGGAGCUGGCUCCAAUAGAGGAGGAGAGGACGGCGUCACAUCAGCUCGUCCUUCCUCCGUUCAGACCCAGAAAAUUCUCCCGCUGAGGAAGAACAGACGCCAGGGACCAUUUCUGACUUAUACUAUAUUGACACUUAAUGUAAACACCCCCGUAUAUACCAUGGAAGUAUUAAUACUGUAUGUGUAUAUUUAUUAUGUACACACACACACACACACCUACACUCAUUCCAUUCAUACACACAAUCGCACAUGCUUGCUGACGCACCUGAAAGCUCCACGUACUGAAUACAGAUGCUUUAACUUGAAUUGGAAGUGUUGCAGGUGAUGCUAUGCUUAUACAUGUAUUAUCAAUAGUUAUGCUCACCAUAGAAGUGUUUCUCAAAGCCUUUUUAAUAACUGUUGCUAAAUGUGACGUAUGCCUUACAACUUCAAAUGAGCUCACAGGGAUUCUUUAAUCUCGCCUUUGCCUUUGCGUUAAAGUGAGCAGUGCCCAGAUCAUCUACGUUCAUGUUUACUCUCGAGGAGCUGGAGGAUAAAGCUGGUGAUAUUCUAUAUUUGUGUUACUGUCUACAGAUACCAUGAAAAGAUAAAAAAAAAAAAAAAAAAGAUCUCUCCAAUGAUGUCUCAAAAUGAGUCACAAAUAUGUUGGGCACUGUAGUUUUUAGUAAACAGGAGUAAAUUGUGGAUUUGCUGGGGCCUGUUUUUAGCCACACUUGGCGUUGUGAUGUUGUAGUGAGUAUUUACAGCAACAGGACAGUGUAUGCGGCAUUAACUCAAAUUAAACUAGAGUCCAUGUUCAUCGUAACGGAGAGACAAGUCUCCCAGUGCAACAGUAUGGCUCACUAAUGUUGUUUAGAUAAAGGAGCACUAAUAAAAUAUAUCAGACAUUGGAUAUAGAGUUGAUACUUGGUAAAAGGGUUGAUUCAUUGUUGGGUUAGUUUUUUUUUUCUCGUAGAUAUAUAAUAUCACCAGACCUCUCCUUUAAAGGAUCAUACUGGUGGGUUUGUAUGUUGUGGCCCAAUAAAAAAAAAAAGAAAAAAUCAUGUGCACUUAACAUUCUGUCAAAACCAUUUUCCAAAAUGUAUCAUUAGUACUUCAAUUAAUUUCCUAGAUUCUACACAGACACUAAUUUCGAUUAAUAUGCCAAUAUAGUAUUUAAAUCAAUCUACAGAGACAUUCCAGUGAUCCAUUUUGGUGAAAAUUUGGUAUUAAUUAUGUAAUCGAUUAAUUAUUUUGCGAAUCAAAAUUACACUGUCAUCUAAUGGCAACUUUUAAAAAAGUCUUCCUUGUUGAUGCAUUCAAAUGCUACCAGGAAACUGCAACAUCUGAGACUGAGACUUGAGAUACAGCUGCUUAACUUCACAGAUUCCUUUCCUUUUUUUAACCAAAUGUGUGUUUGUUUAUUGUUUGUUGUGGGUUUCUGAGCGGGGAUGCAGGGCUCUUUGGCAGAGAAGUUAACUUUAUAAAUAAGUAAGCCCAUGAAGGCACCAGCAAGGAACCCAACUUACAACUGAAUUAUUAUGACAAGCAACAGAGUUAUAAUUGAUAAAGUAAUCGACAAAUAAAUGUGAAAUCUUUGCUGUGAUUAAUUAGCUAUUUCAAGCAAGGUUUCAUGUACAAUGAAGGUGCUCAGUCUCAUACGAGUUUAUUUUCAUUCUGUUUUUGGAAAGUUGAAAAUCUUGAUUCUAAAAAGUGACAUUAUACUUUGAAAAUGGUUAGCACUGGUGUAAAGUGUUUGUGAUUAGUUAAUGGGCUUAAACAUAUAAAACCAUCGGUGUGUCUUUAAAUCUAGGCCACUGAGACAUUCCACAAAAAAAGGAUGCAUGUUUUUAAUCAGCAUUUCAAACAUUACUACAAGGCUGGAUCAUGUUAUGUUUUAUGCCAAUUAGCAGUUAGCAUGUCUGUCAUAUCACUUUUGGUUAUUGACAGGUUGUAAUGGUUUUUUUGUUCGUCUGAUUCAAGACUCAUCUGCUGAUUUUCAAUAACUUAAGCUUUUGACUGAUGUUUCUGCUGCCGCAGAUGCAGCUCUGUUACCGAGUUACAGUUCCCUUGAAAACUGAUUGUAUUUUAUUUUGUAUACUAAACCCAGUGAAUCUGAGUGUUAUUUUAAACCUUUGCAAAUCGACGUUUGCACUGUUCCAGUGUGAAUCUAUGUCUUCUGGUUUAUUCUGCCAGUUUGUUUAAAAGGGCUUUUGUAUUGUUCAUUAUUUUCAUAUGUUGUGGACGAUGCCAAUUAUGUAAUCUAAAGAACCAGCCUCCAUUACAUCUUUUGCACAAUAUUUAUAUAAUGAAGAUAUUUUGGUAUUAAACUGUAUUUUAUAUCAAA